GGCAGCGCGGCCCCUCCGUGCCUUUCGGGGUGGCCGCCUCGGCCCCGUGGCACCCGCAUCCCCUCCGGACGUACGGCUUCUCCUCUCCCCUUUCCCUCCGGGCCGGGGCUUUGGGCGCUCGGAGCCGCCCCGCUUCCCCGGAGCAGCAGGACCGUGAACCGGGGAGUCCAGUCCACCGGCCAGCAGCUUGCCUUUGCCGGGCCUUGAUAAAACAAAGAUGUUUCCUCACAUACAACGAUGCUGCUUCCACACACCUUUCAAACUCCAGAAGUUAACCGUACCCAGACUACUACUAUAUGGAAAGAAUAAGACAACUUGGUCUUCUCUCAGCCUCCAGCUGCAGAGAAAUGUGUGUCCUCUCUCAAGAUCUCCAAGCCUCAACCCAGCAUCAGUAUAUGCGACUAAGCUCCAGGCUUUUCAUACCUCUUCCCCCUUCUUCAAGAAGAAAACCCCCAAAGAAUCUGAGACCAAAGAAUUGGGCAUCUUGCAACGAAGUAUGAAAUCACUGAAGGAUUCUCCCAAGCCAGCCCUCUACUUGAGCCUUGCAGGGCUAAUUCCAUUUGUUUCUGUUCCGCUGUUAAUGGCCAUCCAAGGGACCUACUACCCAGAGCUGGCGUUUGCUCAGAUUACGUAUGGUGCCGUAACAGUCUCUUUCCUAGGAGGGAAGAGGUGGGGGUUUGCUCUCCCAGAAAACAGCCCAGCCAAGCCAGACUGGCUGAACCUGGCUAACAGUACAGUUCCUCCUCUACUUGCCUGGCAAGCCUUACUUUUUAAAGAUACCACACCUGGUGCAAUAAUGCUAGUAAUGGCCUUGGGCAUAGCACUACAUUAUGACCUUUCCCUUCUUCCUACUUAUCCUGGGUGGUUUAAAGUACUGAGGGUAGUGGGAACAGUGGUGAUGGUAUUAUCACUGUUAGCUACUGCAGCAUUGAAGACUAUUUCAGAGGAGCAGCGAAGUAACAGAAGAAAUAAAUGGCAGAACACAAAACAAUAAAUCAAUAGGAAAAAGCUAUUUAUCUGCCAAUAAGGUAUUUGUAUUGAGUUUCAGGGGAAGUAAAGACUUAUUUAUGCUUAGAAGUUGUAGGAUGGCAGGGAUCAAGAAGCUUAUUCUCAAAGCGAACAACUUCGCUAGUUUAGGAGGGAAGGAUUGUAAAUAGCAGUGACUUCCAAGGCAGGCAUGAGUCUGUCCUUAUCUGUAGAACAAAGCAUCACUCUUGAAGGAGGUGUUACUGUCAUAUGAAUUUAAAAUGGAGAUUCUAAUGAGAUGCGUAUGAACUGCUCUAUGCUGAAUUAUUAAAGUAUCUGGUUUAACUAUAACGUGUGAUAAUGUUCUGUAGUGGGGAGAACAACUGUGCAGUCACGAACAGUAACAAGGUGAAAGCAGUUCUUCUAGUUUAGCAUUGAAAGAAGCAGCAGAGAAUUAUGCAAAAGUACAUACGUGUUCAAUUCCUACGUUGUGGAACAAAACUCUUCUCUGUCUUACUUCAGCUGAGGUCCUGAAAUGCUAUGUGAUGAAGUGCUAGUUGGGUAAGAAAGGAUAGGCAAGGUUUGUUUGCUGUGGCAAGCCA